UUCGGCUGCGCUCGUCGCGUCUCCCCUCCACCUUCGGGCAGGAAUAGAGGUUGGCCUUCGCGGGUGCCCACGGUCGAGGCACCGACGCCUUCUGUUUCCUCGCGAGGAAGCCAUGAGCCUGGCGGAGCCGCUCGACGCCAAGGGGGGCUUGCAGAGCCGAACCUUGAGCCAUCCCACCUUAGAUUCCAAUGAUCAUUCACCUGAUGAAGGAUUAAUAGAAGACUUCGCUGUUGUAGAUAAGAAAGCUGUGGAGCAACUAACCGAAGGGCUAAUUUCUCAUUAUUUACCUGAUCUACAACGAUCAAAACUAGCCUUAAAAGAACUGACACAGAACCAAGAAGUACUAUUAGAAACGCUACAGCAAGAAAUCUCAAAGUUUAAAGAGUGUAAUUCUAUUCUUGAUAUCAAUAUGCUGUUUUCAGAAGCAAAGUUUUAUCACAAUAAGUUGGUGAAUAUUAGGAAAGAGAUGAUGAUGCUCCAUGAGAAAACUUCAAAGUUGAAAAAAAGAGCUCUCAAACUCCAGCAAAAGAGACAGAAAGAAGAACUGGAACGAGAACAGCAACGGGAGAAAGAGCUUGAAAGAGAAAAACAGCUGACCGCCAGACCAGCGAAAAGAACAUGAAAACUGAACAUGUUUUGGCUUGUUAAGCUAAUUAUAACAUUCUCUGGACUUGCUGGGGAGAUGGUGUUGCACCCCAUGACCUGAUGUUCCUGUUUGCCAAGAUGUCUAUUAGAACAGUAUUAAUAUUUCUAGGUCGCUAUUAACUAAUCAGGAAAGCAGUUAAGAACAGGGAGCUUACCAUUUCAGCAGCUCAAGGUGGCUUUUUGGCUAAAGCAAUGCAGUCUAAUACUGCUGAGUCAGAUUUUUUUCUCCCCACAAAUGGAGUAAGAUAUUGUUUUAAAGUCUGAUUUUACAGUAUCUUACAUGGUCUAGGCUGGCGUGCACAAGUCCAAUCUUGAAUGUGUUUUCUUAAUAGGUAUGUUCUACCUCAUUAGCUAUAUUCUAGAAUUUAAGAAUAAGUCUGCUUCACACUUCUUGGUUGUUGUUGAUUCUCCCUAGCCCUGUUGCCGUACCCAGAAGAAGCUUUUCAGUUGUAGGGCAGGCACUGACUAAGUAUACGAAGCCCUUAUGGUAAUGGCCUGUGUUUCCUUUUAACGUGAUCCGAAGACAAUCUGAUACAGUAUACAGCCAACGCCUCACUUCAGCAUGAUCUUACAUUGUUAGAGUUGAUGGGACAAACUAAUAAGACACAAUCUUUGCAAAAUCCCUGCUGAAAUGAAUAGGAGUGCUCUUGCAUCACACCAAAUUCACUGCAAGCAGUUGUAUGGUUUAUACGGCAAACAUGGUAGCUCUCUGUACAAUGCUGUUUCCUAUAGCAUACAAACACACUGGAUGAUAAUAUAUGCAUCUUGAAACACCCAUGUACACAGAUCUGAGAACCUCUGGAAAGUUUCUUAUAGAUUGUGCCUACUGGUUACUUCUAGCUUUCACAGAGAUAUUCCAUAACGAAUGAUAGUAGAACUGUGUGCGUGUCUGGCAAAAUGAUGAAAGGUAAUGUCUACUUCAUGUACUUCGUGUUCUCAGUCUUCAUUGCUUUACUUUAAUUAAAAUAUUUUUCAGUUUGUGUUGCUAUGUACUCAGCCACGCAAAUUGGGAUUUACUCCCUAUUUAAAGUCCAAUCUGUUUUAGUGACAGCAAUUUUAGGGAUUGCCUGUAACAAUAAAAUGUAUAAAAGAGUUCAGCAAGAAAAGUAAUGCAAUUGUGUACUUCUCAGCCAGCAAAAAGUACCGAUAGAGGUGGUGUUUUCCACAUAUUUCUAAAAGAAAUAAAUUCUAAAGUCCGGGAGUGUUUCUGGAACUCUGUAAAUCUACUGUUAAAACACCUCAUUUAUUAUCAGAUCUAAAUGUAAUUAGAUUGUAUAUAAAUAGCUUCAUUAAAAUAUAAUGGAAAAUAAAGAGAAACAAUUCAGUGAAUUGUGGCAGACCAAA